AUGCUGCAGCCCCGAAUACUGCUGCAGCAGUCCCAGAAUACAUCAUGCAGAUACCUUUCCAUUCGACAAAACCUCACCCGUUCAUACGCAACCGUUGCCCAGUCCGUGAAGGUCGAGCCUCCUCUUCCUGCAACUGGCUUUGCACCGCCUCCAACUCUUGAUGAAGCCAAUGCCACAUUCAUGAUGAGGACCUACAAACCACGAACGCCCGGUGUGCGGCAUCUUAGACGACCCAUAAACGACCACUUAUGGAAAGGGAGACCAUUUCUCCCGUUGACUUUUGCAAAGAAGGGCCACGGAAAGGGAGGAAGAAACAACAGUGGCCGAGUCACAAUUAGACAUCGAGGUGGUGGACACAAGAGACGGAUAAGGACUGUUGAUUUCCUACGCAUGGUGCCAGGACCUCAUACUGUGGAGCGUAUUGAGCAUGAUCCAGGACGAAGUGCUCAUAUUGCAUUACUCAACGAGGAAGCUACGGGGAGAAAGAGCUAUAUCGUUGCUGCCGAGGGAAUGAGAGCGGGAGAUGUGGUUCAGAGCUAUCGAGCUGGUAUUCCCAAGGACCUGCUUGAUAGUAUGGGAGGAGUUGUUGAUCCUGGUGUGCUGGCUGCAAAGACCGCCUGGCGAGGCAACUGCCUACCACUUCACAUGAUCCCUAUUGGGACUAUCAUCUACAACGUUGGCUCUACAAGAGGGAAAGGUGCCGUUUUCUGCCGAAGUGCUGGCACCCACGCCGUGGUUAUAUCAAAAGACGAUGAGGGGACGAAAGGUGGCAAUAAAUAUGUCAAUGUACGUUUGCAAAGUGGUGAAAUCCGAAAAGUAAGCCGGGAUGCGUGUGCAACUAUUGGCGUUGCAAGCAACCCUAACUACCAGCACCGGCAGCUUGGUAAGGCUGGGAGAAAACGAUGGUUGAACAUUCGGCCAACAGUCAGAGGUCUUGCAAUGAAUGCAGCCGAUCAUCCUCAUGGUGGUGGACGAGGUAAAUCCAAGGGUAAUGUCGAUCCCGUGAGCCCAUGGGGUAUGCCUGCCAAAGGAGGGUACAAGACUCGAAAAGUGAGAAAACCAAACAAAUGGGUCGUCACGGCUCGGGAACGAAAUCACGGGAAACGAAGAGUCAAAUAG